AUCGGCGCGGAGGAAAGCCCUCGUGCCGCUGACGCCCCCACGGGAGCCCCCCUUUUAAAAUAACGCGGCGGCGGCGGGUCACCCCUCGGCGCGCGGCGCGGUGGAAAGAGUGAGGGGGGGGGCAGGCGGGCGCGAGCGAGCGGCGGGGCGGCCUCGCGCGCGCAGACCGACCGACAGACCGACCGACCGACCGAGCGCCGCAGGAUGCCUGCUGCUCCCCCGGUGAGGGGCUGAGGUGGGCGGGGGCCGAGAGGUCGCCGUGAGGAGGAGGAGGAAGAAGAAGAAGGCAGGAGCGGCUCCGUGACGCGGCUGAGGAUGGCGCCGGUGAGCGAGCAGCCGGCGCCGCAGGGCGCGGGGGACCCCCCCCACGCCACCGCCCCUCUGCCCGGCCCGCCGGUGGCGGAGCCGCGGCGGGAGAACGGCGGCGAGUGGUGCCCCGGCAGCGGUAGCCCGGCCGCGCCGAGCGGCGAGAGCGGGGCCCAGCCCCGGGAGGCGCCGGAGGCCCCCGGGAGUGCGGUGGCCGAGCCCCCCGAGGGCGGUUGGGGCUGGGUGGUGAUGCUGGCCGCCAUGUGGUGCAACGGCGCCGUCUUCGGCAUCCAGAACUCGUGCGGGGUCCUCUUCGUCUCCAUGCUCCAGCUCUUCGGCGGCGGGGAGGACGACAAGCAGCUGACGUUCAAAACAGCAUGGGUGGGCUCCCUUUCUAUGGGGAUGGUCUUCUUCUGUUCUCCAAUAGUCAGCGUAUUCACAGACCUGUUUGGUUGUCGAAAAGUAGCUGUUAUUGGAGCUGCAGUGGGAUUUGCUGGACUCCUCUCAAGUUCUUUUGUAAGCACCAUUGAACCUCUGUAUUUCACUUACGGAAUCUUAUUUGCCUGUGGCUGCUCAUUUGCGUACCAGCCAUCCUUGGUCAUUCUCGGGCAGUAUUUCAAGCAACGCCUUGGACUGGUGAAUGGCAUUGUCACUGCAGGCAGCAGCUUGUUCACCGUGUCACUGCCCUUCCUCUUGAGAGUUUUGAUCGAUUCUGUUGGCCUAUACAACACCUUGCGGGUCCUGUGCAUCCUUAUGUUUAUUUUGUUCCUGGCUGGCUUUACGUAUAAACCCCUUAUUUCCAAUGCCAAAGACAAGGAGGGAGGAAAGAAGGGAAAGUUCAGAUUUCCUCCUGAAAAAAAGAUUUGCAAUUUCUCCGUUUUCAAAGUUCUCAGUUACCGAAUCUGGGCUUUUGGGAUCCCAGCUGCACUUUUUGGAUACUUUGUGCCUUAUGUUCAUUUGAUGAACCAUGUAAAAGACAGAUUUGGUGACAGUGUGCCAGAAGAAGUACUUCUGCUAUGUCUGGGCAUUACUUCAGGAGUUGGCAGAUUGAUCUUUGGCAGAGUUGCAGAUUAUAUUCCUGGUGCAAAAAAAGUUUAUUUACAGGUGGCCUCAUUCUUCUUUAUUGGCCUGAUGUCUAUGAUGAUUCCACUGUGCCACGUCUUUGGAGGUCUCAUUGCUGUCUGUCUCUUUAUGGGCCUGUUUGAUGGCUGCUUUAUUUGCAUUAUGGCUCCUAUUGCCUUUGAGCUUGUUGGGGCUCAAGAUGUCUCCCAGGCCAUAGGAUUUCUACUGGGAUUUAUGUCAAUACCUAUGACAGUUGGUCCACCCAUUGCAGGCUUGCUGCGUGAUCACCUCGGCACCUACGAUGUAGCAUUCUACCUGGCAGGAGUCCCUCCCCUUAUUGGCGGAGCUAUAUUAUGCGUCAUCCCCUGGGUCCAUGAGCGGCAGAAGUUAAAAGAAAGAGCAAAACCUGGUGAUGGAGAAACUACUGAGAAAAUGCUGGAAAACGAAAACACUCUGGUGUUGGAUGGUACAGAAAAGACAGUCAAAGAGAUGGAAUCUGGUGUUUGAUGCUUUCUUUCCCUGUACCAGCCCGACCUUCUUCUACUGAACUGGAUUUGUACUUUUUGACUGAAGAUACUAAAUGAUGCUGAAGACUUUUUGAACUAUUACUCAAUUUGCAAAACUGCUAGAAGAAUCUUUUAUACCAUUGAACUUUUUUUGAUGAGUUGUUGAGUUUGAUUUCAAGCCACAUUUUCAAGGUAUUUGAAGUUUUGUAGCAUUAGUGUGUACAUAUGUAGUGAUUCUGUGUGUGAAGAGAAUAUUUUUCUAAUUCAUCAGAGCCUAUUUCUGGAAGUGUGAAAGCUGGUUUUGGUUCACUGACCCAGGAUCUUCAAUAACUUUUGUAGUCCAUCCAAUGCAGGCACACCCGUGGGUGUUUAUACUGGGAAAUAUAGUAGCUCUUACGACUGAUUUGGUUUUUUUUUUUGAAGUUUCUCGUGUUGUUUUAUAGUCUUUUACAAUUCUAUAUAAUGAACACAGAUAUGCAUCUUCAUGAUUCCCUUAAAUCUUGCUGAAAUCAUUGGAAAGCUACAUUAUUAAACAUCUAUUUUAUUUUCUCUAAAUACCCCAGCCUGCUCAGUUUGCUAAACAAUUACCUGUUUUUGCAUUGAUUCACCUCUUCACAGUAGCCCGAACAAAGAACAUUAAGGAUGAAAUUUUUGAUGGGCACAAGUUUUGAAUAUGCACAGACUAAGCUCCAUGUGCAAAUUCAGACAUAAAGCUGCUGAAUGAUAGAUUUUUUUUUUUAUUUUUGUGAAGGCAAUACUAUUAACAUAUAUGUGUAUAUUUUUUUCCUAGCUAAACCUCAGAAUAGCUGAUACUUUUGAAAUUGUACUGACAGUAAUACUUAGGAGCAGUAUUGUGAAUUAGACUAAAUUUCAAAUUAUUCUGUUGUACUUGUUAGUUUCUUUUUUUUAUUCUCAAAACCAAGACAGCUUUAAAGAAUACAUUCUAAGUGCAAUAAUAAGUUGUUCUUAAAGUGGAAAUAUACAAAAGCUAUUAAAAUAACAUACAACAAUUAAAGGAUUUUUGCACUAAGUGAACAUGCAGGUUUAUUACAGGUCUUUAUAGCUGUGUUCAAUUGCAUGUAGGUAUAGCUCCAUAUUUUAUUCAAAUCUAAAGAAGUGUCUUUUCAUGUCCUAUUUCUUGCUUAACAAGCUACAGAUGGCCCUAUUAUUUAUGUAUUCUUAGGUAUUAUGCACUGUUUGUCAAGCAGGUAUUUCUGAAAGCCUUUCUCUGAAAAAUAUUUAAAAGCAUAAUACUUUGAGAUGAAAACACUGCUUUUCAGUUUAUCAUAAAACACUUCCAAGGACAUUGUUUAUUUGCGGAUAUGGAUCAGCAAUGCAGUGGAAUACUUAAAUGUUCUUUAUUUCAGGUCCAUUCAAUACCGAUCACUUUUGUUGUCUCGUUUAGAUGUGUCAUAGCAAAAAUUAAACUAAAUGUGAUCUGAAGACAAAAUGCACAUUGAAGUGCAUUUUCUUAAUUAGUAACAAUACCUGUUCUUUACAUAAACCACAGAGACAUACUGUUUUAAAAUUAUAACCCUUAUUGUCUUUUCUAUUUCUAUUAUUUUUUUCUCCAGCUGUAGGAAAUUAUACAGAAAGCCCAUGCACAUUUGUGAUAUAGAACAUUGUUAGCAAUAGUAUUGCUUAGAACGUUUACAUCUAUCAACUUAUAAAAGUCGUUUAAAUAUAAUCAUGCAAAGCAUCCUAAUUAUUGGAGACCAAAGCUCAUACCUUAUUUUAUAUUGCAGAAUUUCGAUCUCUGCUUUACGGGAGUGAGGCUUAAAAGAAUUUAAUAUUAAAAUGUUAGAGGUGUAUGGGAGGGACUUGGAGGAGGAAAAAAAGAAAUAAAAAAAAUCUGUAAAACAGAGGUCCCUUUAAGUUCACUGGGACUUGUGCUUCUGCACCUCAUAAAUGCUUCUAAAAAUGUCAUUAAAAUAUUCAUGGUAUUAUUAAUUAAAAUUACUACAAAAUGCUGCCUUCAUUACAAAAGCUCAUGCUGUUCUUGCAUUUCUGUAGAAUGUGUUAUUCAGUAUUAUCUUCUCUUUAGGCAACACAAAAGGUGUUGAGUAAGUGUGGUAAAAGCCUCUUGUUUCCUAUUGCUUUGUUGUGAAAGAUUAGUAUUCAUCACAUAUCUUACAUUUCUGGUGGUUUAGCUUUGAGUUUUUAACCAAAAAACAAGACAGCUUUUUAGCACUGAUGUAAUUUGAAAUCAUUGUGACCAGACGUCUUGAUGUAACUGUGGCAUCUUCCUGACUUGCUGCUCUGUAUCUAUAUAAAUUAUCUGGGAGAGAAUAUAAAAUAAUUGUUGUUAAGUUUUAGAAAUCAUACAGAAAUAGUGUAACAAUAGUAUGAAUUAAUUAUUGCCAUACCCUUUAAAAAUGUAUUUGUACAUAAAAAUCCCCACUCUUAUAUUUGAGUAACUAAAAAUGUAAAUUAUGCUUACAAAUAUGAAGGGCAGCAUUUAAAAAAACCAAACCCCAGAGACUCUGGGAAGAGGGUGCAAUGAGUGAAUAAUUGUUUAGGAGCGAUAACUAUGUUAAAACCAGCUACUGAAUGGGAUGUCAGACAAGAGGUAAACAGAGUUAGGGGUAGGAAGCUAUGCUGCGUGAUGAUGAUGUGAUAACGAACCUAUUUCUGGUGCCAGUGCUUGUUUUAUAACAAUGUUAAAAUUGAGAAGGCUGCAGGAAAAAAUGAAAUUUUGGAAAAGGUAAAAAAAAAAAAAAGUAAAUUAAUUUACUUGCAUGAGAAUUGUUAGUAUCUUUACUGUUAGCUUGUAUCUAUGGGGGGAAAUGUUGAAUAGAAAAUAUUCUGUAUUGGACAUAAGCAUAAGAAGAUUGUGUCCUAAAGAUGGAUAAGAUGCAGUUGAAACACAAGUAAAGUUCGAAUUGUUAGCGGUGAGGCUAACCAUUGAGAAACUUAUUUAGAUACCAAUUUCUAUAUGCCCUGAGUUUUAAAAAUGAGGUUAGCUGCCUCUCUUUAAAAAAAAAAAACCAAAACCAAACAAACAAAAAAAACCAACCCAAAACACAGAAAACCCAACACAAAUUAGGAAUUGUUUAGUAUGUGUAUGAAAAAAUGAUUGAAUAAUGUAGAAAUGGUUGCUAUUCUGAAAACUAGGAGACAAAAGCCCUGAACACUCAAUUUUAUUUUGACUGAGUAAAUGUAAAUAAACUUUUGUAACAAAAUUUAAUUUUAGGUGUGACAACCUGUUCAUGGGAAACCUGCUGAACUCUUAUUUAGAUGAAAUAAUUCAUGCCAGAUUUAAUCUUGUUGGGGUAGAUUCUAAAGUUAAAAUACUAGCUUAGUUCAAGAAAACCCUUAACUCUUUCAGAUGUAGAACACUUUCGCUCUUCCUCUCUUGAGAACAGUUCAUAGGGUACUUUUCACAGACAUUGCUCUCCCAUCCUGGAAACAGAGUAAUCGUCUUUUUUCCAUUAAGUGUUCUCAGGGUAAGCUUCAGAAGAAAUUGGGUAGAAAGAGGUUCACUUAAAAUGGCAUUGUGAAAUUUCCAGUCCUACUUGAUGCUGUAAUUUCAUACAGCGGAUAUUGAAACUGAGCCUAAUUUUGAGCAAGGGGUUGGCUUUAUGUAUGGCUGACACUUAGGUUUUUUCAGUAGGUAUGAGAUCCUUGUAGAUCUUAAUAUAUCUGUUCAGCAAAGAGUCUGAAAUAAGGAAAACUCUUCAGGUUCUUAUUUACAUCUAAGCUAUGCAACAACAUACAAUGUAUAAUUAAUAAAAAAAUAUUGUUGGAUUUAUUCUGACUACAUGUUAAAGGACCUGUACAAGUCUCAAGCCAAGACUUCAAAUUAACAUACUCUUAGAAUUUCUUUCAUUCAGAUCUGUUCAGCAUUAACACUUAAAUUUUUUGUCUAAGUUUACUUUCAGCAACUGUUUAUGGGCCUUCCUAAACAGCUCACUCAAGUCAAAGAUGACAUAGCCAUACCCUGAAGGGCCAUCCUUCAGGGUAUACUCAGUAUCAUAUGAGGUAGACAACUGACAUUUUUCUCCUUUGGCUCUUCAUGUUUGAUGUCUGGGCAUGUACAUUCCCCCCUUCCCUUUGGAGACACUGGAUUGUCAAAGCUGAUGCACACCAUAUUAUAUUUUUUCAGCCUUCCUUUCUCAAACUUCCUCCCUGCAUUAAACCUUUGAAUAGCCAUAGCCUGAUAGACUAGGCAAGUUUUUAUGAAGUGGGAGACGUGAGGCUGAAUCAAUUCACAGGAGUGGCUGAAGGCAGUUCUCAUGCUAGGUGAAUGCUUCAAUCACACGCUUCAAGAUGUAAAAAAUGGACACUACCUUCUUAAAGCAAGAAUGCUCAUUUGCGUCAAGUAAGACAUGCCAAAGGGACAGGAGAUGCUUCCUUGCAGCCCCAAAAGGCAUAUCUAAGGAUUGGAAUCAAUACUACUAUCCUUACUAUCGUCCUUACGGGUUAGCUUAAGUGGGUGGGCUCUCACUGUGCUGGCACGGGGCAGCUCCCUGCUUUGCCCCUUGCUGGUGGGGAGCCCAGGCGGAGGGGCUCGGCUGUCCUCCCCCAGCAGGGAACAGAGGUGCUGCCUAGUUUGGGGCCCGGUUCACCUCCAGGGAGCUGGAAGUCUUAUGGAUGCUCACUUUCAGGCAUCUUAACUCUUCUGUUGGAACCGACCCUCUGAUAUUAAGAGUGCGUGUGUACGUAUUUAUAAAUACAAUGUAUUUCGACCAGGGCCUUUAACUACGGGAGCUAUAGCACUGGCAUGUGGGAGACAGCUGAGGAAGAAGUCAUUAUUUUCAUUUGUGUGUUUCACUGUUGACAAGCGCAGCAGCAUUACAGUUCCAGGCAGCCAGUGAGUUUCUAGUCAUGUAAACUUUGGCAUACUUUCAAUAUGCCUUUUAGUCUUAUAUAUAUUGUGUCAACAUUUUUAAUGUUUUGGAACAGCGUAUGCUAAGAUUAGAGUGAUUUUAUACUAAAAUGUCUGCUACUAUUGACAACACUGACAUGUUUGAGUAUCUUUAUAGACAUCAUAUUUUGUAUGUUGUUUUUGAUAUUAAAAGAUAUACAUUUUGCUAGCCUUAACUCCAUUCUUUAAAGUUCUGCUUUGUUAGAAGGGUAAGAAAUGAAUGUCCAAUGUUUUCCAUGGUGCUAAAGUAACUGUGAUCAGUCUCAAAUUACUCAGAAUAAAGAUGGUAGUUCUCAAGUGCCCUAUUUGUUACUGCAUGCAUCAUUUUUAGGCUUGUUCUCCUGUAAAAGUUGUCAUUUCUUAAAAGUAAUUUUGUGUUAUAUUCUGAUAACUAGUGAAUCACAUGCGCGUACUUUUGUAUGAAAGUCUUUAGAGCUUUUAUUAUCACUGUGCUCUGAUUGGAUUGUCCCCAUCACAUUUGCUCCUAAAUUAAUAUACGAUGCAACCCAUUUCAUUCUGAUUGCACCGACAAUCCAUUUUAAGACCAAUGGUUUAUAAACCUAAACUACUGACUUUGAGUUACAUGCUUCUGAGAAUUUUAUCUACUCUUAUUUUCCAUUCUGGGGUUUGAUAUUAAACUUAGAGAACGCUUGCAUUCACAAAAGGCAGAAGUAGAAUUGAGGGAGGGGAAAGUGUGUCGGAAGAAACUUGAGUGGCGUUUCAAAAGAAUUGUGUAUUGUGUGCUUCAUGAACUGCCAGUGUAAUUCAGUGGACCUUUGAUCAUUUGCUGGCCUGCUACCAAUUUCACCUUGACUUACCUUGGCAGUAUG